CGCAUUCACACACGCACACACAUGCACACACACACAGUGAGCUAUGAGUCCGGACCUGUACAAUCUUGGCUGAGUGCGGCAGACGGAAACUGCGCUGAGUUGAACUGUCGCAUUGACGGGCCUGAGUCCAGCAAGCCUUGGAUCACAUCCUAUUAUAUCAAUGGAGUGGAGUGGACGAGCGCUAGGUUUCCUAGCAUCACACCUCAAGAAUCGGGAUCUCUGCUCAUCUGCAACGUCGACCUGAACAUCCACACGGGCACGUAUCGCUGCGAGGUUGCAGACAGCAACGGCUACUCGGCGUACAGACAGCUGUCCUUGUCUCGAGACCAACUCGACAGGUUUGUGCAUACAUUAGACCACAACCAAGACAAUAACGUCAAUGAACAAGUGCUGAGCGGGGGUACGUUUGCAGAAUCUCGCUCCUGGAGGAUGGGCAAUCUCAACUGCACUGAACUAGUGUGCACCGCCAUAGGGGGCGUCGGACCAAUCUCCUACGGGUACAUCCUCCCAAUGGACAACACCGACGACUUUGAGAUCUUCAACAAUAGGGUGCGACACUGCAGCACGUGCCCCAUGCCGACCGGGACGUAUGAGUGCGAGAUAGCGGACUUGGAAGGCUCUACGUUCACCGCAUUGUACAGCAAAGCAUCAGACCUUGUUGUUUGGAACGCCCGACUGAGGAGAGCAGAGCUUGAUCUAAGUCGGGAAAACAGAGAGAACCAAGGGCUCCGAAGCCAGCUGCAAGCACUAGAGGAACAAGUCAGUUCGGCUCAACAGAUUCUUGAUACGAAGCAAAAUCUGGAAGAUGACAUUGCGAAGGCCGAAGCUGACAGCCGAGUUAGCCUCGCUGAUCUGACUGCUUGCGAGUCCACCCUGGCAGGAGUGCGUCGCCUAGUUGCUCCCUGCGAGUGAGAGUUGAGGCCAGCGUUCACUAGUAGCAUACACACAUACAUGUAUGCGUGUCUUACAAGACUGUAUUCUACCUUUUCUGCAUCACUUAGCUAUUGCCUGAAGCAUCAAUUUCCAGUCGCCAAGCACGUCAUAGUAUAGGUUGAUUAAAAGCUUUCUUGGAUAGAAUAUACCACCCCUUCUCUCCGCAUCUAAAUUUUUAAGGCUGCCAUUGGUAGAUUAUACGCUCCGCUUUCUCUGUGAAUGUAAAAUUCAUUCUGAUUCCACCACAAACGCUAUGAGCUUGACUUGAGGAAAACAGCUGGCUGAAGGGUCUGGCCAGGUCCAAAGCAGGUCUCUAGACGGAGCUAGAAUUCUUGUUAUGGUGGCGAUGUUAAAGUGGACUGAGUUGACCAAGGACUGGGUCGGCUGUGAUGUUCAGUCCGGGUGAUUGUGAACUGGUUUGCUAUAAUGUUUGUAAUGGCACAGUGUGUUGCAUUGUCCAGCGUUCUCUUGUGAGAAUAGAUCUAGAUAACGCGAACAGCUAUUGCCUUCGCUCUCUUCUGCAUUUUAGUUAAGUUACACAGGCUUCUAUCUUUUGCAUUUUAGGACCAUCCUUUCAGUUCUUACACUUCUGAUUUUCGCACUCUAGAGAUUAUUCAAUUAGUGUGCCAUCAUCUAGGGUGUUUUGCAUGGAGCGACAUCACAAACACUAGCUUUCCACUCCAUACAAGCAUGCAACAUGAUGCCAUAUGCAUACACGACGAUGUCAUUCGCCUGCACAGCAAUGUCAUGUUGCCUAUACAAUGAUGUCAUGAGCAUA